CAGUUGCACCCAACAAUUCAAGUGUGCACCGGGAAAAAAAAACAUGAUAUCUGGACAGUGAAUGUGGGAAGCCAACCCCACAGGCUGCACAGGAAGGAUUUUAGAAUGGGAACACUGGAGUUUAUUUGAUAAUUGGCGACUAUAAGUGGAGCUUGUGUUUUUGUUUUUGUUGUUUUUCUUCCUCAUCACAAUGUGUGAGGGCAGGAUGUGGGUCGGAUGCCAGUUUGUUUUUGUUACGGAUACAAGGACUGGCAAGUUAUCAGCAUGAAUUACCGAGGGCAGAAAAACUGAUAUCAAUGUUAAACUCGACUCUGGAGGGAGGACCAUGGCGAAAAGGAAGGGACUGUUAUUUUCACUGCUGUACUUUAUGGCAGAGUUUUGGCUCAGUUCGCAGCAAGUCCUGAGAAUUGGGGGCAUCUUUGAGACGCUUGAGAAUGAGCCCAUUAGUGUUGAGGAGCUGGCCUUUAAAUUUGCUGUAACCAACAUAAACAGGAACCGGACCUUAAUGCCAAACACCACAUUGACCUAUGACAUCCAGAGAAUAAAUUUGUUCGACAGUUUUGAGGCAUCAAGAAGAGCCUGUGACCAGUUGGCGUUGGGUGUUGGGGCCGUGUUUGGUCCCUCUCACAGCUCAUCUGUCAGUGCGGUCCAGUCUAUUUGUAAUGCCCUCGAAGUCCCUCACAUCCAGACACGCUGGAAACAUCCGUCAGUGGACAACAGAGACAGCUUCUACAUUAAUCUUUAUCCCGAAUACACCUCCAUAAGCCGAGCUGUGCUGGACAUAGUGCAGUUCUACAAGUGGAAGACAGUCACUGUUGUCUAUGAGGAUGCAACUGGGCUGAUUCGUUUGCAAGAGUUGAUCAAAGCUCCAUCUAGAUACAGUAUUAAAAUCAAGAUCCGCCAGCUGCCAACAGGAAGUAAAGACGCCCGUCCUCUGUUGAAAGAGAUGAAGAAGGGGAAGGAGUUCUACGUCAUCUUUGACUGCUCUUACCAAACAUCAGCUGAUGUUCUAAAGCAGAUUCUGUCCAUGGGGAUGAUGACUGAAUAUUAUCACUUCUUCUUCACCACGCUGGACCUGUUUGCCCUCGACCUGGAGCCGUACCGCUACAGUGGGGUCAACAUGACGGGGUUCAGACUGCUAAACAUAGACAGUCCUCAGGUAGCCUCGGUGGUGGAGCGGUGGGCCAUGGAGCGACUGCAGGCCCCCUCCAAAGCUGAGACUGGAAUGAUGGAGGGAAUGAUGACGACUGAAGCAGCUCUGAUGUACGAUGCUGUCUACAUGGUGGCUGCUGCUUCGCAACGCGCCUCCCAGAUCACUGUCAGCUCCCUUCAGUGCCACCGACACAAACCCUGGCGCUUUGGAUCACGCUUCAUGAACAUGCUCAAAGACGCACAAUGGAAUGGCUUGACGGGACAAAUAAUUAUAAACAAGACGGACGGCCUGCGGAAAGAAUUUGAUUUAGAUGUCAUCAGCCUAAAGGAGGAUGGCUUGGAGAAGAUUGGUGUGUGGAACUCCCAAACAGGCCUUAAUUUAACAGAAAACAACAAAGACUCAUCCACAAAUGUCACUGACUCAAUGGCCAACAGGACCCUCAUUGUCACUACUAUUCUGGAAAAUCCGUAUGUCAUGUAUAAGAAAUCUGAUAAGCCGUUGUAUGGAAAUGAUCGCUUUGAGGGGUACUGCUUGGACCUGCUCAAAGAGCUCUCCAAUAUUUUGGGCUUCUCCUACGAGGUAAAGCUGGUGUCUGAUGGUAAAUAUGGAGCUCAGAACGACAAGGGGGAGUGGAAUGGCAUGGUGCGAGAACUCAUUGAUCAUGUGGCUGACCUCGCUGUGGCCCCUCUCACAAUCACUUAUGUGAGGGAAAAGGUGAUAGAUUUCUCCAAGCCUUUCAUGACGCUGGGGAUCAGCAUCCUCUACCACAAACCCAAUGGCACCAAUCCAGGAGUAUUUUCCUUCCUCAACCCACUCUCUCCUGAUAUCUGGAUGUAUGUGCUGCUGGCAUGCCUCGGUGUCAGUUGUGUGUUAUUUGUCAUUGCCAGGUUUACUCCCUAUGAGUGGUACAAUCCUCACCCCUGCAACCCGGAUUCAGAUGUGGUUGAAAACAACUUCACUCUAAUAAAUAGUGUCUGGUUUGGAGUUGGAGCACUCAUGCAGCAAGGAUCCGAACUGAUGCCUAAGGCCCUCUCUACAAGGAUCGUUGGUGGAAUAUGGUGGUUCUUUACGUUGAUCAUUAUCUCUUCAUACACUGCCAACUUGGCUGCCUUUCUCACUGUGGAGAGAAUGGACUCACCAAUUGACUCUGCAGAUGACUUGGCCAAGCAAACCAAAAUAGAGUACGGUGCUGUGAGAGACGGCUCCACCAUGACCUUUUUUAAGAAAUCUAAGAUCUCAACUUAUGAGAAAAUGUGGGCAUUCAUGAGCAGCAGGAAAAACACAGCUUUGGUGAAAAACAACCGAGAGGGGAUUCAGAGGGUCCUUACCACAGAUUACGCUCUUCUGAUGGAGUCGACCAGCAUUGAGUACAUCAGCCAGCGUAACUGCAACCUCACACAAAUCGGAGGCUUGAUAGAUUCAAAGGGCUAUGGUGUGGGAACCCCUAUUGGCUCUCCUUACAGAGACAAAGUUACCAUCGCCAUCUUGCAGCUUCAGGAGGAAGGCAAGCUGCAUAUGAUGAAAGAAAAAUGGUGGAGGGGAAACGGCUGCCCAGAGGAGGACAGCAAGGAGGCCAGUGCUCUGGGCGUGGAGAACAUCGGUGGCAUCUUUAUUGUGUUGGCAGCUGGACUAGUCCUCUCAGUUUUUGUAGCAAUUGGAGAGUUUAUUUACAAAUCCAGAAAAAACUUGGACAUUGAGGAGGUGAGUGUCGGCCAGUGCGAGUGGCACAACAAGUAUUAACUCACUAGGGGAUGCGAUCAAGGACUGUCAUGACCCUAAAUACACAUUUGCGUUGUAAUUGUUGUCUUCAGAGGACUACGAUAAUCACUGGGCCAACAACAAAAAUUUGUUUCAAGUCUGAAUGUGUUGAACUGCAUUGUUACAAUCAAAACAAAUUACUUUUUAUUGCAGAGUUUAGUGUUUUCAGUAGUUUUGAUGUAGAGCACAUGAACAUUUUAGUCUUAAUUGGAAGAAUACAUUUGAAACCCUUUUUAUGAUGACAGAUGGUUGUCGACGUCUGACAUCGUGACACUUGACCAUCUUGGCCUUGCUGUUUUUUGCAAAAAAAGUAUUGUAACAUUAUUUUGUGUGAAGAAAAUGUCAUUGUCAUGCCAUGAUUUUGUGGGUAAGUGAUGGUAAGUGGUAUCUUUGGAGGCAUGUUCGUCAUGUCACUUUCAACAAUUGCAGUAGGUUUGAGAGUAUUCUGUUAUAAAAAUGUUUGCGAUUUUCAUAUUUAUAGCGCACAGAAACUUUGACAUAAAAGCACCACUUCUUACCACUUUCGUAUGUACUCAUGUAUUUCGAGACGUCUUUUGAUUUUAUCAAUGACUGUUGUUUCCGAUUUGUUUAUGAAUGAGCGCUCCCUCGAGAUUUGAUUCAUCAAGUUGCUUCAUGUCUACACUUUUUUUUUUUCUUUCUAUCAUAUGAAUUUCAUGAACAUGCAUGUAUAAGUUUUGUCAUGUCAGAAUUGUCUCAGAAUGACUAAAGUUAUGUCAGAACAUUACAUUCUUAACCCUUUUAUUUCUGGUUGUUUGGUUUUGGUGUGUACUCUCUUUUUUUCUCUGCAUGCACGGCCUUUUCUUUUAUGGGACUCUGACAUAAUGACAACCAUUUGAUAUCAUACAUGAAACUUUUGCGUUACAUCAAGAAGAUCUGAGGUCUUGUAAAACUAGUAUGUCUUUCCCAUUUUUUGCAUAUUUGAUUGAUGAUAUUGGUGAUAUUUUUUUUACCUUUUGAGUUCUCUUUUAAACAUUCAUUUGAGCCAUUUCUGGGGAACACUUUUCAUAAGACACUUCAUUUAUGGUACCAGAGAACUCAGGUUACAGGAUAAGUAACCCAGUUCUCCUUUAAACAUUUGUUACAGUGUCUCAGGAUAUUGUUCCCCGUAGAGAUUCCUCACUCAUGUUAUUAGAGAACAAGGGUUAUAGGAUAAGUACCCUCAAGUUUUCUUGUAUAGUUACUGUUUUCAGCCUGCACUAUAGAAAACACAUUACACAUUUUCUUUCUAUAUGCUUAUAUACUACACUGUAUAUCACCAAGGUCUUAUUUUUUGCAUACCUAAGUGUCGCUUGCAUUGUUAAGUUAUCCAGACUCUGAAAACAAACUAUUGUGCACUUGCAAAUCCUUUUCAUGCAUGAUUGGUAUGAAGAAGUGUAUUUUUAAACCACUU